GCAGGGUCACUGAAGACACUGUGCUGGUUGUCUGGGGUGUGACAGCUCCUCCUGUGUCCCGUGCAGGCUCCUCUCCAAGAUCCUGAUGGAAUGUGAAGACGCGGAUGAGAUCGAGUACCUGGUGGACGGCUCCUGGUGUCCCAUCCGAGCUGAGAAGGAGAGGAGCUGCAGCCCCCAGUGCCCAAUCUUAGUUCUAGGCUCCUCGGAUGUGAACGGGCUCCUUCCCCCCCCCGCCGGCAACGGCGAGAACGGCAAAGCCCCCGCGGAUGUCGUGGAUUUAACACUGGACAGCUCAUCCUCCGAGGAAGAGGAGGAGGAGGACGAGGAAGAGGAUGAUGACGACGAGGGACCCCAACCCAAACGACGCUGCUCUUACGAGAAAGGUUUAGUCUCUGCCUGCUGACGUGGCUCCGCAUCCCGACGGACACACUUGAAUACUCUGGUGCUUAUUAAACUGGAGGAAAGGGGGAGAAACGUCCUCUCCCACCUCAUCUCCCUCCCUCCCUCAUCUCCUCUGACUUUCCUAUUCCGAAUUAUUCAUUAAAACGAGAGAGAAAAAAAAAAAGAAAAA